AAGGGAGAGAGAGAGAAAAGAAACGGGAAAGAGAAUCGAAGGAUAACGACGACUUUAGUAGAAGUGAGGCGCCAAACACAACGUAGAGUGCGCGACAUAGGUACUUUUACAACUAGUCUAUCCGAUGUUGGCGCGCAACUUGUGUACGUUUCCAUGGAUUAAUACAAUCUACUAUAACAUUGUAUGAUAGGCAGUAGGGUUUAGGGUAGCACGAUUUUGGAGAGAGGGGCGCUAGGAAACGCUGAAUUCAAAAGCGACAGAAGGACAGUAGCGAUACAUCAGCGCAUGUCUACGUAUUACCACACACCGAGAAAGGAAAAGUAGGGUAACGUGAAGUUGGUGUAAAGCGGACCGCGGGCUCUCGUGCGUGUAUGUAUCCGUUUGUUAUAAAUGGCCCGUAGCAAUGCGGAUCUAUAAGGAAUAAAUCUACUUGAGUGACAGAAGACGGAGUUUCGCCACCAUUUCGAACCUCAUUCUACACUACACAACUUGUUGUUGAUCUCCGCCAUAUUGAUAGCAGUGAUAACUCGCAAGCGAACGCAAGCUGAUCUUUUGGCGCACUCCAGAAUUUGAAUUAUCGUAUGUCGUCUGCAGCUGUAUUCAUUCGAACUUGGUUGUGCUGCAGUUCUUACUCAUAGCAUCUCGUCCGUCUUGUCUGAUGCCCUCACCUUCUAGCUUGCAUAGCCUGCCGUCGCCGUCACUCCCACCCCCCAUCCCCGUGGGGUGCGCGGUGUUGCCCGUUGCGCCUGCUUUGCUUUUGUCCGACGUCCGGGAACGCUUCGAUCUCUUCUUCUUGUUCUCGGGGAGUGGAGAGAGCACGGCGCCUGGUCUCACCCAUUUCCUUGGCUCCACAUCCUUCUGUCAAAGCCUCCGACCUCAGGAUACAGUGGUGUCGUUCUCGGUAUUGCUCUGCUGCUAGCCCUCCUGGGAAGUGAGAGAGGACACCGAGGCCACUAAGACAGAUCAGUGCUCCCUCCGUAUUGUCAUCAUCAUCACUAUCAUAGCCAUAAUCAAAAUCAACAACAGCAACAGCAGCAAUUCCGUCGUCAUCAACAACUUAAGCAGCAGCAGAAGUAGAAACAGGGGGUAGUUGCAGCUCCCCCAAAGAGAACGGUCUCUUCGGUCGGACCAGACGGGACGGACCGACGGACCAUUCUAGGGGAGGCUGGAACGACGACGACGGCUAAGCUCAACUAGCAAGCAAGAUUAUACCUUCCAUAUUUGUAUAGAUAAUACAUACACAUCGAGAAGAUACGACAUCGCGAUACGGCCGUACAUCGGUAGGAUGCAUCUACGCGCAGGCGGACUACAUCUACUUACACGCACAUACAAUUAUAGCGCAAACGUUCCUUAUAUCAGCCUUCCCCAUUGUUGCUGCGCCUGCCGCGAUUGUUCGGGAUCAUUAGAUUGAGUCUUACGAACAAAACAGAAGAAGAAGUACGAGUACGUGAAGUAACAGUUGUUGUAAUAGUAGAGAGGUGUUGGAGUGUGGGGUCGGUUGGGUCGGCUUGCGGAUUGGUCCUGUGGUGUUUAGUAUUUUGGUGGCCGUGUUUCAACUGCCUUGUGGACUGAGCUCUCACUCCAAGCCCAGCCAGUGCAGCUGGCGCAACGGGAUGCGAAUUAGAUGUGGACAUAGCGAAUAGUGCAUAUGUGGGCCUUGUAGCCAGCUCCGUUCGAGCUAGCAGCGUUUUACGUCAACGACACGAAGGAUAUAGAUACGUACGACCGUACCAAAUCUAUCGAUAUAGCGAUAUACCCACCAACUGACACAGUUGUACCCAACUGCUUUGUCAUUCCGAACGACGGUCGUCAUUGUCAACGCGGAUUAACCAGAUCCGUUAGAUCUUCGUUGAACAGAAUACUGGACACCCCUGGGGCUGUGACGACAGAGUUGUAAAUGCAGCUCAGCCGGUAGCGUCGCUCUACACGCGGCGCCCCUACGGGCGACCGCCACCCCCCUUACCCUAUCCUUACCUUCCUCUUCCAUGGUGGCCUGCGGAUCGGCGCUUAGUGUUCAUCUAACUGGCAGCAGUCCGUCAUUGUGUACGGACAACGCACCGCCACCUGUUGUGCCUCUUCGGCCGUCCCGAUCUCUUGUCGUCGGUAGCGGAGGCGCUCAUUCUGCGCCCCUCGCUCUGCAUAGCGUUCCUUCGUACCGGCUGCAAAACAGCAGCCCGGCCGGGGUGCUGUCCCCGCCCGGGCCGCCAGAUUGGCCCUUGGCCGAGAGGUCGCCGCCUCCACCACUACCCCCAGGUUCGACCCAGGGUUCGGGCUCAGGCCCUGGUCACCUCGGAGGGCAAUACCCGCCUUCAUUCUCACCAUUCUCUCCUCCCGGCCACUCGCUGGGCUCACCCCCCGGCCCCCAGGUGCUCCAACUGGCGCCCCUUCAGAAUCACAGCGGCCCAUUGGUGCCCUCUCACCAGACAUCAACAACAACGACGACGACGACCCAUCUCAACCUGAGCCCUAUUACCAGCCAUAGCAGUCCGCCUGAGCUGCCGUCGAGCUGCAUGCCUCUUUUCACGUCCCUGGAUGAAUUUCACCCGUUUAUCGAGGCGCUGCUGCCUCACGUGCGGGCCUUCUCGUACACGUGGUUUAACCUUCAGGCGGCCAAACGGAAAUACUUCAAGAAGCACGAACGACGGAUGGGCCUCGACGAGGAGCGUCGUUGUAAAGAGGACCUACAAAACGAACGGCCCGAGGUCAAACACAAAUGGGCCAGCAGACUGCUUGGAAAGUUGCGCAAAGACAUAACACAGGACUGCCGGGAAGAUUUCGUGUUGGGCAUCACGGGCGCAAAGCAACGGCGCCAGCUGUGCAUCCUGUCGAAUCCCGAUCAGAAGGGCAAGAUGCGUCGCAUCGACUGUCUACGGCAGGCGGACAAGGUAUGGCGGCUGGACUUGGUGAUGGUGAUCCUUUUCAAGGCGAUCCCUCUCGAAUCGACCGAUGGGGAGCGUCUUGAGAAAAGCCCGCACUGCCGCCAGCCCCACCUAUGCGUAAACCCAUACCACAUCAACGUGUCCGUCCGGGAGCUCGACCUCUACCUCGCCAAUCACAUACGGCAUCACGACGCUCUCCUGGGGAUGUCCGUUCCUGAGGCCGACAAAGACGAUUGCUGCGAAGAAGAGGAUUCGUUGCACGCCAAUGGAGUCUUCAACUCAGCCGAACUCUAUCGACUCGCACGAACAACCAUUGUCGCUGAGGCUGCCGCAGCGGCAGCAGCGAGCUCCUCGGCUGGUGCAGUGUCAAGCUCACAGCCACCACCCAUUAUCAAGCUCGAGCCAUCUAAUCCGAAUGGACCUUCGUUUUACGCGCAAAGUACUGCCUACGACUCAUCGCUUCUCGAUCAUAGACAAACGCCACAGCAACAGGUGCAUCGACCUGCUAAGAGAGCUCGACGGGCAUCACAUCAAACGGCUACUCAAGGUUCGUCCGGUCAAACGUCGUUCCUCGAGGGGGGAGCUCUGUCGCUUCAACUUGAUUCGGGUCAGCAGUCGGUAGUUCAGCUUUACUGCAGCUCAACGGUACAAGGACCACUCGGUACAAUUGGACCUCCUAGUGGUCAAGGUUCAUGGCUCGAUUCAUCGGGUGACACGCUACCCCCGUCACCUGGCCAUGGGGGUCAUGGGACCAGUGGCGGAUUCUAUCUUACUGCAUCGUCCCCGCAAAAACAUCACGACGGGCCUCAGCAGCAAUCGCAACAACAACCCGAUAGUACGUUUACCGACUUCGUCAAUCUCGUGUGCGAGGCAAACGGUCCUACAUCGCCAGCUGUCUCUCCCGCUGGUGGACGUCUAACUUCGUUCUACUCAGGACCCGGACAGCCCAGUCCUGUGGCGAUGCUGCCUCCCCCACCACCGGCGCCUAUGGCUCGACCAGUGACGAUCAUCCGUGCACCGGGCGGCGAAUUAGCCUUGCCGCAUACCCCCAGUGGGCACUCGAAUCCACCCAGCCAUUCAAGUCCUUCCCCACCGGUGAUGCCAGACACUCCCGAGCAUAGCACUACGUCAGGAGAGAGUCCCCCAGUAGUCUGCACGCUGUCUCAAAAUUUGCCCCUGGUAGGAUCUUCUGAACAACGGCUACAGUUCACGAUGGCAACUGGUGCAAGCGGACCAAUCUACCCUGCUUAUCCUGACUCUAACUCGGAACCGGGGGAUACGCGCUGGGCGACCGGACCUCAUGGGGGCCAAGCAGGACAGCAGCAGCAACAGCAUUGCUUCCUCGAAGACAACGUUGUCGAUUACGGAUCCGUCAUGUCUGGGCUAAUGGAUAAUGAGCGGCGCGUGGAGUUCUGCGUCGUAAGCGGCGUGUUAAAGGGGGGCGAGAAUCCCGAUUCCCCCUUGAACUCGCUUCCCAACAGUACGACGAGUGGGGCAGGUGGAUUAGGUGUGCAGUUUCCCGAUUCGCAGGGACAGUCGCAAUUUGCCUCGUUGGAACACUCCCUCGCCAGUCCUGCAACUAAAGCGGCCGCGAUCAAGACGGAAGCCGAUGAGGCGGCGUAACUCUAUCACAAGGCACGCCAACGAAGCUAGUACCAUAUGUUAGCUAUCAGCUGCGCCCCGUUAACGUCAACAUCUAAUCUAUUGACAUUGAUAAACUUGCACUUUUACUAUUCGCGCCGAUACAACCGAUACAGCUGAAUCAUUGUGAUCUUUCGACCACCCGUAUCUAUAGGCGAAUAUUCAUAUGCCAGCGAGACAUUACCUAAAUCGGCUUGGCCAAUAGGACGCUAGAGCACGGCUGCCGUUAUUCUUUUUUUACAAUGAUUUCUUCAUGAGGUUGUCUCCGAAGUCUCUCGGAUAUCCUACCACGCUAUAAAGAUGAGCUAAUGCCGACAAAGGUGUGGUCGAUAAGUUUAGGCUAGGGCGAAGCCAGGGAACUUUUAGCUUUAUCUACGUACUUGAAAUAAUAAUAGUCGUGAUCAUCGUGGUCAAAGAAACGACAAGACGAAGAAACACUUUGUUCCUUUUACGAAUAAUGAGGCUAUGCGUCGGGGCCCCCAAACAUCGUCGCACGUGACGGCUGCCAGUGUCAGCACGGCCAAUACGGAUGUUUCAAUAAGGAUACGGGGGCCAAACUGUGAACACAGACUAAUCUACGUAAGGAAAACUAUGUACUACUCUAUGAAUGAUUACCGUUAUCAUGAGAUAUUGCAUGAAACACACAACAAUCAAUAGCAAUGACGCUACGCGGCGAGGAUGAUUACUUAGCGAAGUAGCGAGAUACUUAUAACAAAAGUUAAGCAAGAAAAUCCCGCCCCACUUCUCAACUCUCCCGGUUGUGCAGCUCAAGUAUUCCUUCCAUUAUUCAAGAGUGCGAAUAAUUGAUCAUAUAUAUAUAUAUAUAUAUAUAUAUAUAUAUAUAUAUAUAUAUAUAUAUAUAAUCAAUCAGUUUCAAUCAAACAUUAUGAUGAUAUACAGACAGCGCGUUUCAUUAAUUCAUUAAAUCUAUCGAAGACUUAGGAAGUCGUUAGUUUCACUCGGCACCAAACACAUUGACAUACAACAACAGGUUCAUACAUGAUACAUGCUAAAGUAAAUCACAGGGGUAAAGAUGAAGAAAAUGAUGUAUCUCCAUGAAAUGGGCAUCGAGGAUGGCGACGUUAUGUAUUUAUACAACCUAAACGUGUGUAAUUGUGCGACGAUACAACAUAGCGUACGGAAGCUACAAGCUAUAAAAUUCGCGGACGAAACACCUCUUCAGGACCCCUCUCUCUCGGUAAUUAGCCUCAAACAGGCUAUUUUGGUUAAUUGACCCGUGUUUACAUCAGGCACAAUGGCAUUUGACAACAUGUCGAAACGUAUUUAUUAACUGAUAGACAUUGUAUUCGUUCAUAUAAACUAUCCUUGUUAAAUUAGCUGUGCCGGGAAAUUCGCUAAAGCAGAUUCGACAACGGCUUUGAGCCUAUUAUACCUACGCAUGUCGAAAUUUUCCCAGUAAUGAUAAUACACCAUUGACUGAAGGCAGGUUAGGUUGCUCGCAGUGUCUAUGGCCGACGCAAACCGUACCAGCUUCUUUUCUACAAUACAUCAAACAAGAGCAUUUACGCGGCAUACCGCUGGCCGAUUAGGCAGACAGGUAGGACACAUAUGACGCAAUCAAAGAGAACAAAGUACACAAAGGUUGGUUUUUUAUUAUUAAUUUAGAAAUAACAGUAAUAAUAAUGGAACGUUUUAUAAUAACAAUCACAGUAAUACAUUCAC